AUGGUGUUGAAAAGCGCCAACUUGGGGGAUCUCAAUGGCCUUUGGGCCUCCUUAUCGCCAAUUUCAUCUCAACUCACCUCACCUAUGGCUGUGCUGGUUCUAGUGCUAUUACUGACGAAGUAUCUCCGACGCCUAUUCUUUCACCCACUCAGCAAGUUCCCGGGCCCCCCAAUCGCCGCCGCAUCGCACCUGUGGGAGUUCUGGCAGGACAUGGUCUGUAACGGGACAUUUCUGCAAGCGAUACCCAAGCUACACAAAGUUUACAACUCCCCCGUUAUUCGGAUCUCCCCGAAUCAUCUUCACAUCAAUGAUCCUGAAUUCUACCACAAGGUGUUUAAAGUGAGCACAGACUUCUACAAGGCGCCAUACUUCUACGAGGCCUUCGGCUUCGCGACGUCGCUGGCCACUAUCACGGAUCCGCACAGACACAAGCCUCUGCGCACUGUGAUUGCUCCCAUGUUCACCGGAUCCUCGGUGGAUGGGAUGGCAGAGCAAGUCUAUGAGAUGGUUCACAAGGCUACCGGUAUAAUGGCUGUUCAGUCGCAGCAGGGCGCCCAGAGAUUGAACGUCAUGCACUUUCUUCGAUGUAUUACCGCUAACAUUGAAGCUAUGGCAUAUGUUCUGCAGACGGACAUCAGUUGUGACCUGAUUUUCGGCCAAAGCCUAAAUUUGGUUGAGUCUGGGUAUUAUUCGGACAAGUUCCUGAGCAACCUAGACAUGUUCGUGGAAAAUGUCUGGAUUAUGGUUCACGCUCCCUGGAUAGCCCAGUUUGCUUUGUUGCUCCCCAAUAGCCUGACAAAUAAGAUCGUUCCGGGCUAUGCAUACUUUCGAGAGCAAUGCAUCGCCUGGAUCGAACGCGUCCGACAACGGCGCGCGCAGGGGAUAACAACGAUGACGAAUGGCCGCCCCACACUAUUUGACGUGCUCCUCGCUGAAAAUCCGGACAAGAAUUACAAAGUUCCUGCAAAUAGUGAACUGAUCGACCAAGCGUUUCUGUUCGCGAUUGCGGGCACCGAUACCACGAGCAUGGCCACGACCUUUGCCAUUUUCCACAUCCUAUCCAACCCGGAGGUACUGCAUACUCUGCGUGAGGAGCUACGCAGCGCUUCUGCCAUCAUAAAGGAUGAGUUCAGCUACCGAGAUGUCCGCAAACUGCCCUAUCUGUCUGCCGUGAUCAAGGAGUCUCUGCGAAUGUCGAGUCCGUUUCCGGGACGCUUGCCCCGAGUAGUCCCUCCCCAAGGCACUGAGAUCAACAAGAAAUUUAUUCCCGGAGGUACUAUCGUCUCUAUCAGCUCCCGCUGUAUCCUGGACAACGGCGGUCUCUUCCCUGAGCCAGAGAAGUUCUUGCCCGAACGCUGGAUGGGCGAGAAUUCCCGUAGUAUGGACCGAUGGAUGAUUGCAUUUGGCAAAGGCAGUCGGAGCUGCCUGGGCAUGAACCUUGCCUACCUCAAAAUGUACACUAUGAUCUCCGUCAUCUUCAGUCGGUUCGACCUGCGCUUGGUCUCCCCGACCGGUCCCAAACUCCAUUAUCUCGACCACGCCCUGAUCGAGAUGAAGUCUUCCGUGGAAGUCGAGGUUCUGGCCGAUAAUUGGGUGAAAUAA